AUGAAUUUUUGAAAUGGAAUCGCACAGCAGCUUGUCUCGUCUAUACAUUGUGUUAACUGUCAACAAACUGAAGAGCCGGACGUCGCCGUGGAAUCUUUAAACCUGCGAACUGAUGCGGGACUCUGCUUUCAGAGGAUUCAUGUUACUAAAUGCGUAGGAAAGGACGCUCCAUCUUGAUCGUUGCUUUGAGCUGUUAGCUAAAGUGCUCCGGCUAAGUUAGCUUGGCAGCUAAGUUAGCUUGUGAAGUGUCUGAUAGACAGCUUUACGUCGUCUCAUUGUGACAGCCUUGUACAUUCACAACCAUUAAGAUCGUCGAUUGGCCAGCGUGGUUCCUCCUGGUUGUUCGUCAUGGCUGACAGCAGCAUAGUGACAUUAGGGGCAGCUCGGAGUCUGCUGGUGGAUUCAUCGGUGUAUGAUUCAAGGAUGGGAGAAACCACAAGGGACCAUAUAUUCCUGGGCGUAGCAUGUGACGAUGCCGAAGAUAUACUGCCCAAAGUCGAGACAAGGAUCGUUCUAGUGGGACAAGCGGGUAAAAAUGCUGGGCUGGUCAAAGCACUGCAGAGCAUACGAGUAAUGGAGGUACCCGUGGUAAAGUUAAGAGGAGGCGAGUCGUGUGCAGAAGACAAAACGAUGAUAAAGUCUAUAGUCAAUAUGGAUAUAAGCACUCCACACAUAAUAGUGGACAACAUCCAAGUGUUUAAAGAGGAAGACAGCGUGGACUUUGAGACCGUGUUUGUCCUCACGGACUUCGACUGUCCAGAUUACACUGACCUGUAUAAGCGAGACAACAGGAUUGUUGGUCCUCCUGUUGUACUGCGCUGCACUUUGAAGGAUGAGCCAAUCCCGUUUUCAUGUCGCCCUCUGUACUCUACCACCAUGAUGAACCUGUCUCUGUGCUUCACUGGCUUCAGGAAUAAAGAAGAAAUGAAAAACCUGGUGGGUCUGGUUCAUCACAUGGGGGGCAUCAUUCGGAAAGACUUCAGCACCAAGGUUACGCACCUCAUCGCCUACUCCACUCAUGGAGAGAAAUACAGGCUGGCGGUGUGCAUGGGGACGCCCAUCCUCACUCCAUCAUGGAUAUACAAAGCUUGGGAGAGAAGAAAUGACGUGUCGUUCUUUGCGGGAGAGGAGGGGUUCCGAACAGAAUUCAAAGUUCCUCCGUUCCAAGACUGCACCCUGAGUUUUUUGGGCUUCUCAGAUGAAGAGAGAGCUAACAUGGAAGAGAGGACUCUUAAACACGGUGGCAACUAUCAGGAGGUUGGAAAUGAAAGAUGCACACACAUGGUGGUGGAGGAAAACUCUGUGAAGGAGCUGCCGUUUUGUCCCUCCAAGAAAGUCUUUGUGGUCAAACAAGAGUGGUUUUGGGGAAGCAUUCAGAUGGAUGCUCGAGCUGGAGAGUCCAUGUAUCUCUAUGAAAAGAAUGACAGCCCAGCCAUGAAGAAGGCCGUGUCCCUCCUGUCCCUCUCCACGCCCAACAGUAACCGCAAGCGUCGCCGUUUGAGGGACACGCUGGCUCAGCUCACCAAGGAGACGGAGAUUUCUCCCUUCCCGCCACCACGUAAAAGGCCAUCAGCGGAACAUUCCCUGUCCAUGGGCUCGCUGCUGGACAUCUCAAACACGCCAGACACAUGUAAAGCGUUGGAGAGCACCAGCAUAGAGAGUUCAAAGUCUGCAGUCCUGCCCAAGCAAUCCGGUGCCCGGUGGCAAGUUUCCAAGGAGCUCUACCAAACCGAAAGCAACUACGUAGACAUUCUAAACACCAUACUCAAGCUCUUCAAGCUUCCGCUAGAAAAAGAGGGUCAGGUGGGUGGACCCAUCCUGGCCCCAGAAGAAAUUAAGACAAUAUUUGGCAGCAUCCCUGACAUCUAUGAGGUUCACACCAGAAUAAAGAAUGACCUUGAGGAAGUGCUGAGAGAUUGGUCGGAAGACAGGAGUAUAGGAGACAUUGUCCUUAAAUACUCCAAAGAGCUGGUGAAGGCCUACCCACCUUUUGUCAACUUUUUUGAAAUGAGCAAAGAUACGAUCGUUCGCUGUGAAAAACAAAAGCCACGCUUCCACGCCUUUCUUAAGAUCAACCAGGCCAAGCCAGAAUGUGGACGGCAGACCCUCGUAGAGCUGCUCAUCAGACCAGUGCAGCGACUUCCUAGCGUGGCUCUGCUUCUAAAUGACAUAAAGAAGCACACGUCAGAUGACAACCCAGAUAAGCGGACACUGGACAAAGCAAUUGAGUCUCUGAAAGAAGUUAUGACUCACAUCAAUGAGGACAAGAGGAAGACUGAUGGUCAGAAGCAGAUCUUUGAUGUGGUUUAUGAAGUUGACGGAUGUCCCGCGAACUUGCUGUCAUCCCACCGCAGUCUUGUUUACAGAGUAGAAACCAUCACUUUAGGAGAUCAACCAUGUGACCGUGGUGAACAUGUUACACUCUUCCUCUUCACUGACUGCCUUGAGAUUGCCAGGAAGCGACACAAAGUCAUCAAUACUUUUAAGAAUCCACUGGGACAAACAAGACCGCCACCUCCCCUCAAACACAUCACUCUUAUGCCACUUUCACAAAUCCGAAGAGUUCUGGACCUGCAGGACACGGAGGAAUGUGUCAAUGCCUUUGCUCUAGUUGUCCGCCCGCCGACUGAACAGGAGAACAUGUUGUUCAGCUUCCAGUUGGCCGGUGAGGACACCGUGAAAAGUUCCUGGCUUCGAACACUUUGCCGCCAUGUCGCCAACACCAUCUGCCGGGCUGAUGCGGGUGACUUGAUUCAUAGUACAGACCCAGAUUCCUUACAGGUCAACACCAAAGACAUGGACAGCACCCUAAGCAAAGCCUCAAGAGCCAUCAAGAAGACCUCCAAAAAGGUGACGCGGGCAUUUUCUUUCACAAAGACUCCAAAGCGGGCCAUCCAGAGGGCGUUCAUGACCAACACGACCCCAGAUGAGAAAAACCAGCAGCGUCUGACUUCUGAAAAUCGUUGUAACUCCACACUGGCUAUGUCUCGCUCUGCCUCCACGUUCAGUUUGAGUGACUCUGCCAAAAGCAGUACCACGGUGCAACGCUCUAACUCUCUGGACCACCCUCCUGUCAGUAGCAGAAUUCCUGUCUGUGUUCGUAUUCCUUGCAGCCCAGCAAAUGAUAGCGCUGUCCUCAACGCUGGUAUGGACACCCCAGAAAGCCAAAGCCCCUACCCCAGUUACUACCCUAGACACCGGGCUAAAUCCCCCAUCCUCAAAGCUCAGGCAUCAGGCCAACCAACACUUUCAGGCCCCCCUAUUUCCCAACAUUCUGCCAGUGAAGCUCAUCUCAACUCUGCUUCGGUUCCAACGACCCAAACCAGCACUCUGCUCAAGUCAGAUCGAAUUGCUUGCAGAAAGGCUGUGGAGUUCCAGCCAAAGCUCCCAGCUCCUCGUACCACCGGGAAAAUGUAUUCUGAGUCGUGUCGGGAUGCCCAGAUGCCUUUGAACCCUCUCAAAGCAGUCCUGUCCAGUCCUCGAAGAGAGACUCUGCUGUAAUCUCCAGCAAAGCCCAGAUUCUACAGUUUCAUUUUCCAGCACGUCAUUCCCCAGUGAAUCUACCUUCUAUGUUUGAGAGGAAGUACCACACAUUCGGUCGAUCAAGUACAAGUACUCAUCUCUUCUGAGAUCCUGCAUCGUAGCACCACCAGCCGCACCCCUGAUUUUGUCUUCUUUGACUCAGCCUUCAUAUGUAUGUGUGUGUACAUAUACGGUAUGUAUUUAGUCUGGUUCUGAUUCCUAGUUGCACAUCCUUCAUGUUAUAUAUACUGUAUAUAUAAAUAUACUAAUCUAGCCUAGUCGUUUCUACUUUAUUACUAUGUGACUAAGACCCGUAAUCUGAUAUUUGAUGAUUUUUUUUUUUAACAAUCAUUAAUACUGAAACGGUGCCAUUUUUAACGUAAGGAAAAUGCAAUACAGCCUACAUUUUUAAUUUCAAGUAUUAUUUCGGCUUGUGUCUACUGUCUUUCUGUGUAUAAUUUGUGUGUGUGUGUAUUUAUUCUUUUAAAAUACGUUCUAAGAGUCCUUAUUAAACCUAGGCAAACAUCUGAAGCUCUUGACUUUUAUUUUUCACAUUUGUAUUGUAAUGUUGUCAAGUAAAGUUGAUUUCACAGUUCA